AUGCGAGGACUUAUUGUAUAUCACUCCAUGCACGCGUCAUCUUGGAUUUGUGUGAACACCUGGAACAGGAGAUCAGUUUUGAGCAGGUUGAAGGAGACUUCAACUUUUUCCAGGGAAAAUGGCUUUUGGAGCAACUUGGAUCACACACUAUUGAAAUACUCUGUGGAGUCAAAAAUGCACAAGAAUUCCUUUCUUUCUGAAGCUAUUAUGGAAGAGGUUAUAUAUGAAGAUCUCCCAUCAAACUUAUGUGCCAUUCGAGAUUAUAUUGAAAAAAGGGAAGCACAAAACACUUUGGAGACCUGUGACCAUGCAAUAUUUUCUGAGGAGCAAACUGCUUCCUCUAGCAAAGACAGAUAUGAUGAUCGGAUGUCAGUUGAGAAAGAUUUUGAUUUUGAUUCUGACAGUCCACAUCCUUCCAGACAAAGACCACGGGUUCCAGGCUUGCAGAGAGAUAUAGAAGUUCUUAAAGCUGAGCUUAUUACCUUUAUAUCAGAGUACGGGCAAGAAGGAUUUAUGCCAAUGAGAAAGCAACUUCGCAAGCAUGGAAGGGUGGACAUUUGAGAAGGCAAUCACACGCAUGGGGGG